AUGAUUGGGCUAUUGAUUCAAGCCCACACCACCAUUGAUCAAACGCCUGCGUUUAUGGAGGCUAUGGUAAUACCUCAGAUGUUCUCUCACACACUCACUGCGUUUAUGGAGCCCUCACCGCCGAUCACCACCACUACUCACCGUUACAAUCACUCGCACCGCCGUGUCGUGGAUGUGGUUCACACAAAUGGACACCUCUCAUCGGUUUCCCACCCAAUUCAACUCCAUCUCCUUACGAGGACCCCGUAUGUGACUGGAUCAUCUGUGAUUGCAAUCAAAUACAAAGAUGGGAUUCUCAUGGCUGCUGGUAUGGGAGGUUCCUAUGGGUCUACCCGGCGAUACAAGAGUGUUGAGCGGUUGAAGCCUGUUGGAAAACAUUCCAUUAUUGGUGCCAGUGGAGAAAUAAGUGAUUUUCAAGAGAUUCAACAUUACCUCAACGAGCUUAUCUGGCUCCGUGUAUUGUUGCAGGUGGUUCCGCUGAAACAGAGGUAG